AUGCUGCCGUACCUGUUCCCUGAGCUGUCCACCUUUGCUACAGUCGCCGAUCUUAUCACCCACCUUCGCACUAGUGAUGCUCGCCUGCGUGCUGCCCUUCCCACCGAGUUCUGCGCUAAGAACCCCCCUCCACUGUACUGGACACUCCACUUCAUAGUCACCCGACUCCCUGACACCCUCAGCUCAGUUCGAGACCACUUCCUUGCUCGCUGUCCCACUGAGCUCACAGUCGCCCUCCUAGAGGAGCAGCUGCUAGCGGCCGAAAAGAGCAUUGUAGCUGUCGGUGCUGCUCGUGGCGCUCCUCGCACCCCCAUCUUUGAGGGGUGUUCUCCCUCUCCCCUCGCUCCCUCCUACGCUACUGCUGCUGCUGUUGACUUCCUUGGUGCUGAGUCUGCUGGCGCUGCUUCUGCUCCUGGUGGGAGGCGCCGCACCGGCAAGGGCAAGGGGGGCAAGGGUGGCGGGGGUGGCGCUGGGGGGGGAGGAGGUGGGGGAGGUGGGGGGGGAGGCGGUGCUGGAGGGAGCGGUGGCGGGAGUGCUGGUGGGAGUGGGGUCGGCAGCGGAGGCGGGGGCGGCGGAGGGAGCGGUGGCGGUGGUGGCGGCGGCGGCGGUGGCGGCGGCGGCGGCGGUGGCGGCGGCGGCGGUGGCGGUCGGAGCGGAGGUAGUGGUGGUGGCGGAGGUCGGAGUGGAGGCACUGGCUCGGGCCAGAGCUCCCAGCAGCAGCAGCGUCCCCAGACGACCCAGCAGCUUCGUGAGUGGCUUGCUCAGCGUGGGACGUCGGGGGGCAAUGGCCGCUGUUCCUAUGAGAUGGGCGAGGAUGUUGAGCGCCCCCGCUGGGCUGAGCUCAUGAGGGCUGGAGUUGAUAUCUUUGCUCUUGACUAUGAUGCUAUUAUUGCUGCCAUGUAUGCAUUGACUGUUAGUGCCGAGGGAGACUGUUACUUGUGUGUGCCGCCUGACCCAGGUAUAGAGCCCGCUGCCCUGGGUACUAGUGAGUCUGCUCUCUCCGGUAUGGUGCCCCCUGUACUUGCUCCCUCCAGUGCUGUCCCGGCUGUUUGCGAGUCUGCUCUCUCAGGUACAGCACCCACAGAGACUGCUCUCUCAGGUACCGCACCGGCUGAGGCCUGUCACACCUUCACCCUUGACUCAGUCCUUGCCCAGUCCACCACUGUGCUCCCUUGUCCGGCGGUUCCGUCUGGCUCGUUGUCGGGUUUCCACCUCCCCUCGUUCUCGACGAACCUGGUGAGCAACGCUGUCAUCCAGGAUCAAUGGGUUGACACCUUUACCCCUGGAGGACAGCGUGUGGCGAUCUGCACGUGCUCCAGGACCGGCCGUCACCUGGCUACGUUUACCCGUCGGCCGGGGUCGAGUCUCUACACACUGACCACUGCGUCUCCUCAGGUCGCUGCUGUCGGUCAGGUGUCCGCGUCAGGUCUGGUGGCCCACGCCUGUGAGUGUCGUUCCCUGUCACACCAGACUCUUCUCUGGCACCACCGCCUGGGUCACCCCUCCUUGCCACGCCUCCGUGGCAUGCACCGUCGCCGCCUUGUGUCUGGUCUUCCCAGGUCUCUCCCUCCCCUCCCUGCCUCGCCUGCGCCGCCUUGCCUUCCUUGCGUCGAGGGGCGGCAGCGCGCCGCUCCUCACUCCUCCUCGUUCCCCCCGACAGAGGCUCCUCUGCAGACCCUCCACCUGGACGUGUGGGGCCCAGCCCGCGUUCGUGGCCAGGGCGGUGAGCGGUACUUUUUGCUGGUUGUCGACGACUACUCGCGUUACACCACGGUCUUCCCCUUGUGCACCAAGGGUGAGGUCCCUGCUGUUCUGAUCCCUUGGAUCCGCACAGUUCGUCUCCAGCUCCGCCGCCGUUUCCGGACGGAUCUUCCUGUCCUGCGUCUGCACUCUGACAGAGGUGGUGAGUUUUCCUCCGAUCUCUUGAGGACCUUCUGUCAGGCGGAGGGCAUCGAGCAGACCUUCACGCUUCCGGACUCCCCACAGCAGAAUGGGGUUGCUGAGCGCCGCAUUGGCCUGGUCAUGGAGGUCGCUCGUACCUCCUUGGUCCACGCGGCGGCUCCCCAUUUUCUGUGGCCGUUUGCUGUCCGGUACGCCGCGCAUCAGCUCAACCUAUGGCCCCGUGUCUCCUUGCCGGAGACCUCUCCCACACUGCGUUGGACGGGGGAGGUUGGCGAUGCGUCGCGCUUCCGGGUGUGGGGUGCUUGUGCCCUUGUCCGCGAUACGUCCGCGGACAAGCUCUCCUCCCGCACACUUCCCUGUGUCUUCCUUGGCUUUGUCCCUGACGCGCCGGGCUGGCAGUUUUACCACCCCACCUCGCGCCGGGUCUUCGCCUCUCAGGACGUCACCUUUGACGAGUCGGUCCCUUUUUACCGUCUCUUCCCCUACCGCACUGCCCCCCUCCCUCCCCCGCCGCUUUUCCUUGCUCCUGGUCCCCCUCCGGUAGACCCCCUUCCCCCUCAGGGUCCUGCUCCUUCAGGUGUCUCUCAGGUAGACCCUCCUCCCGUCGCUGAGCCUGUCGAGGUCACAGGUGACUCAGGUGCUGCUGCAGGUGGUGCUGCUGGGAGUGCUGAGCCUGGGGGUGCUGAGCCUGCGGGUGCUGGGCCUGGGAGUGCUGGGACUGCGGGUGCUGGAGCUGAGGGUACUGUGCCUGGGAGUUCGGCGCCUGGGGGUGCUGAGCCUGGGGGUGCUACGACUGGGGGUGCUGAGCCUGCGUGUACGGAGUCUGGGGGUGCUGAGCCUGGGGGUACUGCGCCUGAGGGUACUGGGCCUGGGGGUGCUGCUGCUGAGCCUACGGAGCCUGGGGUUGCUGCGUCUGGGGGUGCUCUUCCUGACGGUACUGGAGCUGCUGGAGCUGACGACACUGGAGCUGACGGUUCUGGACACGGUGGUCCUGCUGGUUCUGGAGGUGCUGGCGAGGGGAGGUCUGACGCUGCUGGGGCCUCUGGUGCUGACGUCGCCGACUCGGGGGGUGCUGCGGCGGAGGGUGCUGGUCCAGGUGCUUCUGGUGCUCCGGGUGCUGGAGGUGCUGGCGGAGCUCCGCCGUCGCGCCUGUUCUUCGCUCCUCCGUCGCCGUCGGCUUUGCCGCCGCCUGACACGGUGCUUCGCCAGGUUCUUUCCCUCCCGUCUUCCACUGGCCUUCCCCUUCAGCCUGGCUCCCCCCUCCCUGCUCCUGUGCCUUACACUGCACAGCCGGACUCGCUUACGGAGCGUCGUGAGCCUGCGUCUCGUCCUGCCUCGCCUGUUCGCGCUGCUCGCGCUGCUCGCACUGCGCGCACUGGUCCCACUGGUCGUCGUGUCGCGCGUCCGCGUCCUCCUCCUGUUCCUGGCACGCAUAUUAUGGCCCUUCGUCCUUCCACUGGUCCACAGCGUGUCCCCCUACCGUCUCCUCCUGCGUCUUCUCUUCCUGACGUUCCCGACCCUGAGUCUGACAGUGUUCGUGCUGCCCACCCUACUGUUACGCGUCUUCUCGCCACUGUUGUCACUGACCCCUCGUUUGAGUCUGCUGCUGCGUCUGCCCUGGUCGCUGAGCUUGUCGACUUUGCUGCUGCCUGUCGUCUAGACUACGCCGCCAGUCUUGUUGCCGGGUCUGAGUCUGUCUGUCCUCCGUCCGUCGGGGGUGAGUGUGCUCUUGGCACGGACGUCCUUGAGGACAGGCAGGAGGACUUUGACUCUCUUGCGGCUGCUGUACCUCAUCUCGUGGCCUGGUUGCUUGCCCCUGAGGGAGACCCGGAUGCACUAGACAUCCCCACUCCGCGCUCUUACGCAGAGGCGAUCUCGGGUCCCUACUCCUCUCAGUGGCAGACAGCCAUGGACGCAGAGAUGGCAUCCUGGAAGUCCACAGGCACCUACGUCGACGAGGUUCCCCCUCCUGGGGCGAACAUCGUCGAUGGCAUGUGGAUUUUCAGGGUGAAGCGGCCGCCAGGUUCUCCACCUGUCUUCAAGGCUCGUUACGUUGCUAGAGGCUUCAGUCAGCGUCAGGGGGUUGACUUCUUCCAGACCUUCUCCCCCACCCCGAAGAUGACCACUCUUCGGGUUCUGCUACACGUUGCUGCUCAGCGUGACUACGAGCUUCACUCUCUUGACUUCAGCACAGCGUUCCUGCAGGGCAGCCUGCACGAGGAGAUCUGGCUGCGCCGCCCACCUGGCUUCACUGGGUCGUUUCCUCCUGGUACCCAGUGGAGCCUCCGCCGGCCAGUCUACGGUCUCCGCCAGGCGCCACGUGAGUGGCACGACACACUGAGGACUACACUUGCAGCUCUUGGGUUCGCGCCGUCUACUGCUGACCCGUCGCUGUUUCUACGCACAGACACGUCGCUACCGCCGUUCUACAUUCUCGUGUACGUCGACGACUUGGUCUUUGCUACUGCUGACACUGAGGCACUCGCUCGUGUGAAGUCGGAGCUGCAGAAGAGACACACCUGCACUGACCUGGGUGAACUGCGUAGCUACCUUGGCUUGCAGAUCACCCGGGACAGAGCUCGCCGCACCAUCACCCUGACUCAGUCACACAUGGUGCAGCAGGUCCUUCAGCGCUUCGGCUUCCAGUUCUCCUCACCACAGGCCACACCUCUGGCUACCAGCCACUCGCUCUCAGCUCCACCUUCGGACGAGUCCGUAGAGCCGAGUGGCCCGUACCCAGAGCUUGUAGGCUGCCUCAUGUACCUGAUGACUUGCACGCGACCUGACCUCGCGUACCCACUUAGCAUCCUUGCUCGUUACGUUGCGCCUGGGAGACACAGGCGAGAGCACUGGGAGGCUGCUAAGAGGGUGCUGCGUUACUUGUGCAGUACAUCAGGCAUGGGGCUGGUGCUUGGAGGACACGACAGAGUUGUCCUCACUGGUCACUCGGACGCUUCUUGGGUGGACGACCUGGCUACGCAGCGGUCGUCACAGGGUUACACCUUCAGCCUUGGCUCUGGUUCUGUCUCGUGGCGGUCCACCCGCUCUUCCUCUGUUCUCGGCUCUAGUUGUGAGGCUGAGAUCUACGCCACAGCCAUGGCUGCACAGGAGUUACGCUGGCUCACCUACCUGCUGACUGACUUGGGAGAGCGGCCUAGUUCUCCUCCAGUUCUGUACGGUGACAACAAGGCAGCCCUUGCCUUGUGUCAGGAGCACAGACUGGAGCACAGGACGAAGCACAUUGCUCUUCGCUACUUUCUUGCUCGAGAGCUUCAGCAGCGCGGUCAGCUUCGGCUUGUGUACGUGGACUCGAAGGCCAAUACUGCUGAUAUCUUCACCAAGGCGCUCCCGCCUAGUGAUCAUCAGCGGCACUCCCAAGCAGCGGGCGUGCAACCGGGCCAUGAGGUGAGCCAAGCACAUGGGUCUGAGCAUAGGACGGGCCUUGAGUUCCGUGCAGCAAGGGAGGCUGCUGAUGCGAUUGGGGCACAGAUGGUGCUGGGAGAUCGACCCAUUGAGAUCACUUUGGUCAACAUGCUCGCCUCUCGUCUCCCCUCCCACCAGCUUCGCCGUGCAUGGAAGGCCCUCUCUCUUCUCGAUCGCGUUCGCCUCGCCUCUGCUCUCCUGCAAGGCGGGCUGACAGGAGGGGGUGCUCUGGAGCAAGGCAGACUGCGAGGGGAGUUGUUGAAACGGCAUGAUUCUAAGGGAGGGGAGGAGAAGGGGGGGGUGGAGGAGAAGGUAGGAGUGGAAGAGAAUGGAGGGAAGGAGGAGGAAGAGGAAGACGUGGAGUUUCUGUCGGCUGUUUUUCAGGAAGUUGCGCGGCAGUUUCCCGCGCUUAUCGGGCCGCUGGUGCAUGAGAGGGAUGCGGUGGCAGGAAAUGAGUGGACGCGGCGGGAGAUGAUGGCUGCUUCUAGCAGCGGGCUAGCGGCCGUAGCCCUCGCUAUUGUCACAUCGGGCGCCACGACUGCUCCAACUGCCAACGCAGCCACAGCAGCGCCGCCAGCACCAGCAACUGCUGGUGCUGCAAUUGACACUGCUUCCUGGAAGCUUCUUGAGAGCGCGUUUGGCUUCUCCUUUCUCUACCCGUCCUCCUAUAUAGUCACGAUUAACCGCAAGAAUGACCCGGCAGAUGCCCCGCUUACAGCAGACGGCGCUCAGGCUCUCGCUGUUGUGGGGAAUUUUGUCACCUUCGACACGAUGAGUGUCGUUCGCUACGCCUUCACUCCAAACCCUGACAAGCUUGCUCCGCUAAUCCAACGUAUCCUGCCCAACGGGAACCUCAGCACCUCAUUGGUGGAGGACACGGUGUUCCCCAACCAGCCAAUCAUAGAGCUUCCUCUGGAUCUCCAAAAGAUUCUCUCUGCCCUGGCAUCCCCUGCCGGACUCAGCUUCGAUGUGAUAACGGAGACGUGUCGAGGCAGGAUAGAGGAGGGGAAGGGGGGCGUGGGUGAGUGUGUGUCAGUGCGAGGGGCCGACCUCGUUCAACCAAUCGUGCGCCGCCACAUAGGCCGGAUACUCCUGUCAGAAGGUUACCUCUAUGUUAUCACUGCAUCAUGCACCGAGGCACGGUGGCCAAUAAUGAGCGCACAGCUGCUAGCAACUCUCCAGUCAUUUGCCUUCCUCUGA